CUCAGUUGCUGCCGCCGCCGCCGACGCCGCCGCCACCACCACCGCCGCCGCCACCACCAUCACCGCCGCCGCCUUGAACAUGGAGCCCCCGGACGCCCGGGCCCCGCGGCUGCUGGUGCUCGCGCUCCUGCUGGGGGCGCACCCAGGUGCCGAGGCUGAGGUGCGCCUGUCCGUGCCCCCGCUGGUGGAAGUGAUGAGGGGGGAGCCUGUCACUCUGGACUGCACCCCCUUGGGGACUCAUGACCAUUUCGUGCUGGAAUGGUUCCUGGCUGACCGCACUGGGGUCCGCCACCGCCUGGCCUCAGCUGAACUGCAGGGCUCGGAGCUCCAGGACAAGAUGCACGACUCCUGGGGUCGCAGCCCCCCCUACCAGCUGGACUCCCAGGGGCGCCUGGUGCUGGCCGAGGCCCAGGUGGGCGACGAGCGGGACUAUGUGUGUGUGGUCAGGGCCGGGGCAGCGGGGACCGCCGAGGCCACCGCACGGCUCAACGUGUUUGCAAAACCCGAGGCCACCGAGGUCUCCCCCAACAAAGGGACCCUGUCUGUGAUGGAGGACAUUGCCCAGGAGAUCGCCACCUGCAACAGUCGCAACGGGAACCCUGUGCCCCAGAUCACGUGGUAUCGGAACGGGCAGCGCCUGGAGGUGCCCCUGGAGGUGAACUCUGAGGGCUACAUGACCAGCCGCACCGUCCGUGAGGCCUCGGGCCUGCUGUCUCUCACCAGCACCCUCUACCUGCGGCUCCGCAAGGCCGACCGGGACGCCAGCUUCCACUGCUCCGUGCACUACCGCCUGCCCACCGGCCGGCACGGCCGCCUGGACAGCCCUGCCUUCCGCCUCACUCUGCACUAUCCCACGGAGCAUGUGCAGUUCUGGUUGGGCAGCCCGUCCACCACCGCGGGCUGGGUACGCGAGGGCGACUCUGUCCAGCUCUUCUGCCGAGGGGACGGCAGCCCCACCCCCGAGUACACGUUUUUCCGCCUUCAGGACCAGGAGGAGGAUGUGCUGAAAACAAAUCUCGAGGGGAACUUGACCCUGGAGGGAGUGCAGCGGAGCCAGAGUGGGACCUAUGGCUGCAGGGUGGAGGACUACGAUGCUGCCGAGGACGCGGAGCUCUCCAAGACCCUGGAGCUGCACGUGGCCUACCUGGACCCCCUGGAGCUCAGCACUGGGGAGGAGCUUUCCUUACCCCUGGGCAACAGCACAGCCGUCAACUGCUCCGUGCGAGGCCUGCCCGCCCCGACCCUGCGCUGGACCAAGGACUCGGUGCCCCUGGGGGAUGACCCCACGCUCUCGCUCCGCUCCAUCACCUUCGAUUCCGCCGGCACGUACACGUGUGAGGCCUCCAUGCCCACGGUCCCCCUCCUUAGCCGCACCCGGAGCUUCAAGCUGCUGGUCCAAGGGCCACCAGAGUUAAGGGCAGAGGAGGUGCAACCCAAGGCGGAGGGCAGCUGGAGGGAAGGAGAUGAGGUCAAACUCAUCUGCCGCACCCGCGGCUACCCGGAGCCCAAACUCAGCUGGAGCCAACUGGGCGGCAGCCCAGCGGAGCCGGCCCCCGGAGGCCAGGGCUGGGUGAGCAGCUCCCUGACCCUGAAGGUGACCAGUGCCUUGAGCCGAGACGGCGUCUCCUGCGAGGCCUCCAACCCCCACGGGAACGACCGGCACGUCUUCCACUUCGGCACCGUGGCCCCCCAGACCUCCCAGGCCGGAGUGGCGGUCAUGGCCGUGGCCGUCAGCGUGGGCCUCCUGCUCCUCGUCGUUGCUGCUUUCUACUGCAUGAGACGCAAGGGACACCGCUGCUGCCGGCGAGGGGAAAAGGGGUCCCCGCUUCCUGGGGAGCCAGAACUGAGCCACUCGGGGUCAGAGGGGCCGGAGCAGACGGGCCUUCUCAUGGGGGGUGCCUCUGGAGGAGCCAAGCAUGGGAGUGGGGGCUUCGGAGAUGAGUGCUAAGCCCGAGGCCUUCACAGGAGCACUUAAGGAACCCGACCUGGAGUCGUGGGCACCAGAAAACCAGUCCUGCGCGUGCGCCUCCACCCGCCCCUGCCUUCCUGGCCUUCCCUCUUCCCUCUCGGGCCCUCCCUUCCUUCCUCUGGAGGCUGGGCAGGGACCACAGCCGCUUGCCUGCCUCUGCUGGGAGGGAGGGGACCUUCCUUCAGGGAGUAUGACUCUCCCAGGCCCCAGAAUAGCUCCUGGACCCAAGCCCAAGGCCCAGCCUGGGAAGGAGGCUCUGAGGGUCGGCUGGCCGGGGCUAUUUUUACCUCCUGCCUCCAUGCUGGUUCCCCCCACCUGACGUCCUGCUGCAGAGUCUGACACUGGAUCCCCACCCCCCGCCCCGCCCCCGCCCCAUCAUCUGUGGACACUGGAGUCUAGAAUAAAUGCUGUCUGUCACGUGGACACCAUCCUGCAGCCAGAGCCUCCUGGGGGGGGGGGGGAGGAAGGGGGCACAGGUAAUGCCCUCCCGUCCCUCCACCCCCCAGCCCUCCUGCCCCCUUGCUGAACCUUGGGAGAAAUCUGAUGUCACGGAGAAAGAAAUGAGAGAGAGAGAGAGAGCAGAGAGUGACUUGGCUGGAAGAGGAUGGAAGAGAGAGGAGCUGGGGGUCCAGAGGUAGCUGAACCUGGUCCCCCAGGACCAGUGCCUGCUUAGCGGAUGGGGUGCUGUCCCCCUAAGUAAAAGUUCCAGUCUCCCUCCCUGUCUCUCUCUCUCUCUCUCUCCCUGGAGGCCCUGAAGCUUCUAGAGGAAAAGCUUUCUCUGAGCUGUGGAGUGGAUGGAAGCAGGGCUUUAGCUGCCUCCUGGGGGACAGCCUGGUGCCUGCAGCUGGGGGAGGAGGGGUGGCCUGGAGGAACCCCGCUGAAGGGACCUGGGGCCGAGAAGAAACAGCAGAAAACUGGGCAGAAGAGUGAGCUCAGCUGGAGAGACUGAGGCAGAGGCAGAGGGAUUGGAGAGGCAGAUGUAGAGGCUUCAUGGAAGGGAGGAGGGCAGCUCCGAGAUAAGAGGGAGCCCAGAGUCAGACUGAGAUGGGGAGAGACAGGGAGCGAAAUAGAGACAUACCUCGGACCUAUUUUAGGUUCGAUUCCAGACCACAGCAAUAAAGCGAAUAUCACAAUAAA